GUCGAAGUCGAAUGUGAAGUGGCAGUGAAAUAUCAGAACUCGAAUCCCGCACCCCUCCACCGCCUGCAAAGUCCAACGCCUCAACUGCUGCUUUGCUGCGCUCGAUAUUAUAUCACCCGAAGUCUUGCAGUCAGUUCUAUCACACAUAAACCUCCUCCACCCAGCUUAGACCUUCGCAAUGUCCGGCAAUUUCGAUUCCUGGGAAGAUGCGGCGGCGCAGGAUGAAGACCUUUCAAGGCAGACACAACAAAACCUCAACAUAAAUGCCAACUCUUUCAGGCCUGGAGUCGCAUCUUUCCAGCCUGGUGCCACUUCUUUUCAGCCAGGCCAGCCAUAUCAGCAGAACGGCUAUCAGAAUUAUGGUUAUGGUCAGCAACAGGGCUACAAUCAAUACGCUCAAUAUGGCCAAGGCUACAACCAAUACCCGCAAUAUCAGCAGCAACCACAGCAGCCACAACAGCAGCAGCCAAGACAGGGCUACAACCAAGGUUACAACAGCGGUCAAUUUGCGGCCUACAACCAAACCCCCGGAGGCUUUCAACCAAGACAAGGUGCUCCCAUAAGCAUUGCCAAAAAGUCUGAUGCCCAAUCCUCGUCUGCCCAGGCGCCAAAGCCGGCAGCACAAGCCCCAGCUCCCGCUGCCGCCCCAGCGCCCAAAGCACAGGCAGCUGCGGCGCCUCCCAAAGCCAAAGUACUGUCAAUCGGAAUUCCAAGCUCCGCCUCGGCCUCGCCCAAGAAACCCGCGUCUCCAACAACGAAAGAGCCGCCCAAGAGUGAAACAAAGGCUGAGACAAAGGCUGAGGCGAAGGCUGAUGCAAAAGUGGAUGCGGGAUCCAAGGUUACUGCGGCUAAGGCUGUAGAGAAAACGGGAGAGAAGGUUUCGGGGAAGACUUCCCCGGCACCGUCUUCUGGAAAAUCCUCCCCUGUGCCAGGAGAGACAAAGAAGGGCCGGACUGCAGAGGAGGUCGCCCAGGAACAGAGCGCCGAUGUCGACGCCUCAGUGCUGGCGGAAAUGUAUGGAAAAGAACAUGUCAACAUCAUCUUUAUCGGACACGUUGAUGCUGGAAAAUCGACUUUGGGUGGUCAAGUCCUUAUCCAGACCGGUAUGGUGGACGAACGUACCUUGGAGAAGUACAAACGAGAAGCCAAGGAUGCCGGCCGAGAGACCUGGUAUAUUUCGUGGGUUUUGGAUUUGAACAAAGAAGAACGAGCCAAGGGAAAGACAGUGGAGGUCGGCCGAGGCUUCUUCGAGACCGAGAAGCGGAGAUACACCAUUCUCGACGCUCCUGGCCAUAAAACAUACGUCCCCAACAUGUUGAGCGGUGCAGCUCAAGCGGACGUUGCCAUUUUAGUCAUUUCGGCAAGAAAGGGUGAAUUCGAGACCGGUUUCGAGAAAGGUGGUCAGACACAAGAGCAUGCUAUGUUGAUCAAGACCACCGGCGCCAAGGAGUUAGUCGUCGUGGUCAACAAGAUGGACGAUGUCACUGUAGAGUGGUCGAAAGAACGCUACGACGAGAUUGUGGGCAAACUGAAGCCGUACCUCAAGAAGCGAAUUGGGCUGGAAUCGACCUUCAUGCCUCUUUCGGCACAGACUGGGCUCGGUGUGAAGGAUCGUAUUCCCGCCGAUGUUGCUAGUUGGUACAAUGGCCCGUCGCUGCUCGAAUUCCUGGACAACCUGCCCAAGAUUCAACGAAACAUCAAUGCUCCGUUCAUGAUGCCUGUGGGUGCCAAAUACCGAGACAUGGGCACCAUGAUCGAAGGUCGGAUCGAAGCCGGCGUGGUGCAAAAGAACUCGAACUACAUCAUGAUGCCCAACCGGGAGGAAGUCGGCAUUGCCGCACUGUAUGGCGAGACGGAAGAAGAGAUCCCUUAUGCGACUUCGGGCGAGCAGGUCCGCAUGCGUUUGCGAGGCAUUGAAGAGGAAGAUAUCAUGCCUGGAUUCGUGCUGUGUUCGCCCAAGCGUCUCGUGCACUGUGUCAACCAGUUCGAAGCACAGAUCAGCAUUGUCGAGCUCAAGUCCAUUCUGUCGGCUGGCUUCAACUGUGUCAUUCACGUCCACGCCGCGACCGAGGAAGUCACCUUCGCCGCGCUCCUCCACAAGCUUGAGCCCAAGACCGGCCGCAAGAGCAAGAAGCCGCCCCCAUUUGCGUCCAAGGGUCAGAACAUUAUUGCCCGCCUUCAGGUUACUAGCGGCGCAGGCAAGAUCUGUGUUGAGCGCUUUGAAGAUUAUCCCCAGCUUGGUCGAUUCACGCUUCGAGACCAGGGCCAGACCAUCGCAGUCGGCAAGAUCACCAAGUUGAUUCUCGAGGAGUAGACGCGCAACCUGUUCCUUCGCAUUUUCACAUCCGUUUGGGAUUCCUUUCUGAUUCAGACACGGAACAGACCUCGAGGGUACGAACGAACGCAUUACAUGACUAAACUGCCAAAUAAAACGGGGGCUGACCCCACACCAUGACAUGACUGGACAGCAGGGAUGGGGGAAUCUUGAAGAGCAGAUAGACGAGCUCCAAGUGUCCACGGGCCGGGAUUUGGAUGGGAUCCUCCGGACUGUGGUGGUUUAUACUACAGCUGCUAGUGUAGAGGCAAGGAACGAUUGCCAUAUUUCAAGUUCGAGCCUUCAGUCCGCUAGCCAUCUUUCUAAGGUCAUCUGACUGCUCCCUGUACGGAACUGGAGGGUUCAUCAAUCACACAUUUCCUACCGUUAUGCCUUUCUUGUUUUCUUUUCUCACCGCCAACUCUAAUCCGGAGCCAGUGGUGGCUUUUUUUUCUUUCCAAAGGAACUUUACUUUACCCUAGGCAAGCCACAGUCCUGUUGAACGGUCCUGGACUGUCUAGAUAUACAGUGGUGGAUGUGGUUACUUGGUACCACCAGUAGAGACACAAAUACUGGCCAAGGUCAUUGUUACCCCACGCGGUGGUCAGCGCAAGCUUCAGCGUUGGCGACGGUCUAUCCCGUAUCUUGUUAAAGGUUCAGCCGUACAUUCAUGACCUAAAUCCAUGAAAAGACUUUCGAGCCGAGCUUGAAUAGCAAGAGGGAUAUGAAACAAAUUGUACGUGGUUCCCUAGUACAGUAGGUAUGUAGGGAGGAUCAAGUUUCAUGAUUUAACUGAUCUUC